AUGGAGAAGGUCGAAGAUGAUAUCAAUAUAAAUGAGUGCAAUAUGCAUGAGCUGUUACCAGCAUUAUUUCGUCUUCAAUCACAACGUUCUCUAACUUAUCAACGUCUUUAUGAUGCACAAGCAAUGCUUUUAAAUACACACAAUUUUCCAGGAUUUCAAAGUUUUCUUUCGGAUAUAGCUAUCAUAUUUGCAAGAAUAUCCGAAGAAAUAUUACUGAUAAAAAAGCGUUUCGAAAAUAAUAAGAACAUUUUAAAGCACAUUGAACAAUUGCAAGAUUAUGAAGAAAAAAAACUUCAAUUAACAAAUGAUAUGUUUGUUGCAAAAAUUGAAAACAAAAAUGAACAGUUUCUAGAAAUUAAUCAAAAAUCAAUAAAGCUUAUUGAUGAUAUUAAUGAUAUUUUAGAUGAAUUACGUUACGAUCAACAAGACUUAAAUUCAAUGGAAACAUAA